AUGUCGAAACUCUCUUUCGCCGGCAGUUCCCUCUUGAACCCUGAGAGCUUCCCGACGUCUAGAAGACAUCCAAAGUCCCAGAGUGCCUUCGCUUUCGACAAUACAUCGACGUCGGUGGCUGCUAGCCAAAUGCGAAAUGCCUUGAACAGGCUGGCCGACACCGUCAAGGACCCACAGACCAAGAAGAAGUUCGAGACGGAAAUGGACAACUUCUUCGCCCUUUUCCGCCGAUACCUCCAAGACAAGGCCAAGGGUGCUACACUGGAUUGGGACCUUAUCGCCCCUCCAAACCCCAAGCAGGUCAUCGACUACAAUACCCUUCAGGAGUCCAACAACACCGAUCUUCUGAACAAACUUGCUGUCCUCAAGCUCAAUGGUGGUCUCGGUACCUCCAUGGGUUGUGUCGGCCCCAAGUCCGUCAUUGAAGUUCGUGAUGGCAUGUCCUUCCUCGAUCUUUCCGUCCGUCAGAUCGAAUACCUCAACCACACUCACAAGGUCAAUGUUCCAUUCGUUCUCAUGAACUCCUUCAACACCAAUGAUGAUACUCAGAGCAUCAUCAAGAAGUACGAAGGCCACAACAUUGACAUUUUGACCUUCAACCAAUCCCGCUUCCCACGUAUCCACAAGGACUCCUCCCUACCUGUCCCCAAGGAGUUCGAUUCGUCGAUCGAGAACUGGUACCCACCCGGCCACGGUGACGUCUUCGAGUCCCUGAAUAACUCUGGUAUCCUUGAUCAGCUCAUUGAUUCCGGGGUUGAAUGGCUGUUCCUGAGCAACGUCGACAACUUGGGUGCCGUCGUUGACUUGAACAUCCUCCAGCACUUGAACGAUACAGGAGCUGAGUACAUCAUGGAACUUACAGACAAGACCAAGGCCGACGUUAAGGGUGGUACCAUCAUUGACUACGAAGGUACCGUUCGUCUGCUUGAAAUCGCACAGGUUCCAAAGGAACACGAGCAAGACUUCAAGUCGAUCAAGAAGUUCAAGUACUUCAACACCAACAACAUCUGGCUGAGCCUUAAGGCCAUCAAGCGUGUUGUUGAGAACAACGAGCUCGAACUCGAGAUUAUUCCCAACCACAAGAACAUCUCUGUCGGAAAGGGUGAAUCUGACCUGUCAGUCGUUCAGCUGGAAACUGCCGUCGGUGCUGCCAUCAGACACUUUAAAGGUUCGCACGGUGUUAACGUCCCACGUCGCCGUUUCUUGCCUGUUAAGACCUGUUCCGAUUUGAUGCUUGUUAAAUCGGACUUGUACUCUCUCAAGCACGGUCAAUUGACAAUUGACGCCUCGAGAUUCGGACCUGCACCAUUGAUCAAGCUAGGAACACACUUCAAGAAGGUCUCGGACUUCCAGAAGAGGAUCCCGAGCAUUCCUAGAAUGUUGGAGCUAGACCACUUGACAAUCAUUGGAGCCGUCAACCUCGGCAGGAAGGUAACUUUGAAAGGAACUGUCAUUAUCGUGGCGAGCGAGGGUAGCACCAUCGAUAUCCCACCAGGAAGUAUCCUUGAGAACGUUGUCGUCCAGGGAUCCCUUCGGUUGCUCGAGCACUAA